CAGGCUGGAGUACAGUGGUGGGAUGUCAGCUCACUGCAACCUCCGCCUCCUGGAUUCAAACAAUUCUGGUGCCUCAGCCUCCUGAGUAGCUGGGAAUACAGGCACAUGCCACCAUCCCCGGCUGAGUUUUGUAUUUUUAGUGGAGAUGUCUGUGUUGGCCAGGCUGAUCUUGAACUCUUGACCUCAAGUGAUCUGCCCACCUUGGCCUCCCAAAGUGUUGGGAUUACAGGUGUGAGCCACCGCGCGUCCGGAUGAAGGACUUUUGUAAAAACAAAAGCAAGCAUCUUUUGAAACUUGGUCUGUAUGUAGCCUUUAUUUGAUGAAUGUUCUUUAUCAUUCUGAUAUUUUAAAUGAGGCCCUACCUAGUCCAGGAGUUUAUUCAUGGUAGUGGUUUUAUCUGAAGAGUGAGGUCUUUUUUUUGGUCAGUUGAGAGAGGAUGUUUUAGAAAUCAGAACUGAAAGGAUUGGAUCUGAAUAGAUUGGAUUAGGAGGUUUGUCUUGGUGGAGUCUGUUAAUUAAGUUGUGCCAAUCUUUGGGGUUCUGCUAUAGACAUCUGAAAAGUGCACGAGGUGCCAAUCUUUGCUCUAUCCUCAGCAUAUAGAAGGCACUCAGAUAUUUGCUGAUUAGGGAAAGUGUGUAUAUAAAUGGGAUAGUGCCUGUGUGUUUAUAGGACAACCUGGGAUCAAAACUGUGUACAUUCUAGGCCAGAUUGUUAAAUGGCAUGCAUUCUCUAUAGUUUUUUUUUUCUUUUCCCUUAAUAUUCAGAAAAAUCCCCUUGAACGUUCAGCUUAGGAAAAUCAAGGCAAAGACUUUUGUGUUAGGCUGUGCCAAUAAGUUGAGCUAUGAUAACUGAAAAAGGUGGAACUUAGGAGCAUCACUUUAGCAGUUAGCUUGGCAUCUUAAAACCUUGGGUUAUACAUGGAUGCCUUUUAAAGGAGGAAAUUUCUUACAUUAUCCAAAGUAUGCAACUAAGAACUUCAGUAUGAGACUACUGCAUUAAAAGUUGAAUGUAACCAUUUAAGUGGUUACUUGAAGCAAAUAAAAAAGAAAAACGAAAAACAAGUGGUUACUUGGUACCUGCAUGAUGGUAAACCCAAACUGGAUCCCUGAAAUCCAUGUGGUGGUAUUCUUAGAACAGCAUAUAAAAACAACACAAGAUCUCAUAGGACCCUUGGAUUCUUGACAUCUCCUGACCUUUCUAGGUUAGGCAGACUCCACUUUGAAAAACUAUGGAUAGUUUUCUUCUCCCACUGGGAUAUUUAGUACUGAAUCUUGAAAGUUCUGCAUUUUUUUUUUUAAAGUAUUUAGUAAUAUGUUUGCCUGGUGUAGGGAAAGAGUACCAAAAGAGAAUCUCCAUUCCCCGUCUUCCCCACGAGUUGUCCUAGCAGAUCCCCCAAUUGGAGAUCAUUUGGGUUAACUUGUCUCUUUGGGGAUGCAUGGUUGUUAACCAGUCAUUCACACCUUAGGAUCAGUUGUUUUAAUGCCUUUUUUUUUUGAGACAGAGUCUCGCUUGGUCGCCAGGCUGGAGUGUAGUGGCACGAUCUCAGCUCACUGCAACCUCUGUCUCCCAGGUUCAAGAGUACUCCUGCCGCAGCCUCCCGAGUAGUUGGGACUACAGGCGCGUGCCACCAUGCCCAGCUAAUUUUUGUAUUUUUAGUAGAGAUGGGGUUUCACCAUGUUGGGCAGGAUAGUCUCAAUCUCUUGACCUUGUGAUCGGCCAGCCUUGGCCUUCCAAAGUACUGGGAUUACAGGCGUGAGCCACCAUGCCCGGCUAGAAGUUCGAUUUUUUUUUUUUUUUUUUUUUAAUUUUUGAGACAGAGUUUCCCUCUAUUGCUCAGGCUGGAGUGCAGUGGUACAGUCUCGGCUCACUGCAACCUCUGUCUCCUGGGUUCAAGCAAUUCUCCUGCCUUAGCCUCCCGAGUAGCUGGGACUACAGGUGCGUGCCACCACGCCCAGCUAGUGUUUUUUUGUAUUUUUAGUAGAGAUGGGGUUUCAGCAUUUUGGCCAGGCUGGUCUUGAACUCCUUACCUUUUGACCCACCUUGGCCUCCCAAAGUGCUGGGAUUGCAGGCGUGAGCCACCGCGCCCAGCCGUUUUAAUGCUAAAUCAACAUAACUUUUUAUUUCUUACCCAGAAAAUGGAAGUUUUUUUUAUGAGGAAACCUUAGAUCCUUAAGCAGAAGGCAUUCUUGGUGAGGUGGGAGAUUUUUACAGGGCAGCUUGUAGGAAUGGUUCUUAGGGUCAGGGAAGAGGAGGAAGGUGUUAAACUGUUAUAUUUCAAUUUUGCCUAGGAUCUUGAAUGCUCUUGCUGACGGUGCCUGAAUUGGGGGGUUCAGAAUGCCUUCAGAAGUCUGUAAAACAGCCUAUACGUUUUCUAGUUCAGACUAUUCCAGCAGUUUCUGUCCAUGUUGUCUGUCUCCUCAGGAAGAGCAAAGUGUAGAGAAAUAAGGUCCUUUCUAAGUAAAAAGUAGGUCAGAUCAGUAGUGUUGGAUAAAGCUUCUCCUGUUGAUUCCUUCCUCUUAGUCUCCUCAUUCUUUUCCAUAGUGUUUUGUAUUAAGUCACCUAGCCUAUCAUGUCGUAGGUUCUCAGUGCUUGCUAAUUCUUAUAAGACAGUGAAAGAAAGCAGUUUUGGAUCAUGGACCGCGCAUUCUGCUCUCCUAUUCCUUACUCCUUUUUUGCCUCUUUUAUCUCUCUUUAAACUAUCUUCCUUUUUACUGGUGUGUAAGCAGCACAGAAGAAAGAACAGCUGGUGAGUAGAGAAGGAGAAAGAUAACUAAUUUCUGAAGGUUAGGAGAAAUACUGUCCAUUGAUUUAGUUCAGCCACUGCCUGAAACAUAAGCUAUUCAGUAAUAUUUUCUUUGCACCUCAUAGCUUAAAUGUCUUCAAGAAACAAAAAUUGAAUGCACAGGAUCAAGGCACUAAAGCUCAGAUAACACACUCCUGCAAGUUUCUUGUUUCCCUGUUUAUCAAGAUGUAUUUCAUCUUUAUAUCAGGCAAUUUAGUGGCAACUCUUCGCUUUCCAACUGCGCACUGAGUCUUUCGGUCUCCUCCCCAUUUUUCCUAGUCGUCUUCGGAUGUGGAUGUUGUAAACUCGACCAUCCGUCUCUCAAGGUCGUUGCUUCAAGGUUUCCCAAUGCUCUGCGGCUGUCCAAGCCCCGGCACUCUGGGGAGGAAGACCUCGAAUUCAUUUGACGGGCUUGUGGAGGCUGGGGGUCUGCGGAGCCCCGUGUGGGUGGGGCUGGGCGCGGCCGGGGCGGGGCCGGCGAGGAGCCCUAGGGAAAGGGUGAAAGGCACAGUUGAGAAAGGCCUGGCGGGCAGUGGUUUCACAGUUUCCACGAAGGCUUCGUGUGCAAGCCUGAGGAAUCUAGCUGCCUCCCUUCUGCCUCGCCUUUCUUGAUUCUAGAAGCUUCAGUAGGCUUUUCUGGGUUCCUGGGACCCGGAAAAGCAGCGGCUUCCACACUAGGGGCGGGUCCCAAGGGUCUUGCUGCUGCUCUGGGGCCGUUUGGACUCCCGGUGUUGGGGGAGGGGUCAGGGAGGUGCUGCUCGCGUCUCUUUUUGCGCCUGCGCGGCGGGCUCCGCUCGGGUAGGAGCGCGUGCGCGGUGACGUGGACGUCCGGUGCGCGCGCGCAGGCUCUUCAGCUGGAGCGGACACACGGUGUGCGAACCGAACAGAAUAACCCGCCCCCAGCGGGAUGUGAAGGACUCCUGGUGAGGCCGGCCACGCCCCGCACGGUAACUCUCAGGCCUGGGUGGAGGGCAUCGCUUAGUAAUGGCCCGAUUGGAGUUUUUCGAGAGUUUGAAGCUCUUGUGUAUUUGAACGGCGUGAGAAACGUUCCGCUGAGAGAGCUUCGCACGCCCUCGCCAGGCCGGGCCUUGCGCGGGGCCGCCUUUGGCGCGCGCCUAUGGUCCCCUGAGCGAAGCUGCGCAUGUCACCUCGCGCGCGUCCCCGGCCUCACUUCCGCGUCGCUCAGCUACCUAAGUGGGAAGGAACAUCGACGCCAGAGAGAGCGGCCACGAGGCGGGAGGGGUGAGAAGCGCCCAUGACUCGGCCCUGCCUUCGCGUGCGUGGGGUGCCGCUCCGCGUGGAUGGGAAGGCCAUUGUGACUAUGUGGUGAUUACAGUUGUCUUACUACUGAGUUUCCUACUGAAAUCAUGGAGGAGAAACAGCAGAUUAUAUUGGCUAAUCAAGAUGGUGGAACAGUGGCAGGAGCAGCACCUACCUUCUUUGUCAUCCUAAAGCAGCCAGGAAAUGGCAAAACUGAUCAAGGAAUUUUGGUUACUAAUCAGGAUGCCUGUGCUUUGACUAGUAGUGUGUCAUCACCAGUAAAAUCUAAAGGGAAGAUUUGCCUUCCAGCUGAUUGUACUGUGGGUGGAAUCACUGUUACCCUCGAUAACAAUAGUAUGUGGAAUGAGUUCUAUCAUCGAAGCACAGAAAUGAUUCUGACCAAGCAAGGAAGACGCAUGUUUCCUUACUGUCGUUAUUGGAUAACAGGUUUAGAUUCAAAUUUGAAGUAUAUUCUUGUCAUGGAUAUAUCUCCUGUGGAUAACCAUCGUUAUAAGUGGAAUGGUCGUUGGUGGGAACCCAGUGGGAAGGCUGAGCCUCAUGUUUUGGGGAGGGUUUUUAUUCAUCCAGAAUCUCCUUCCACAGGUCAUUAUUGGAUGCAUCAACCAGUAUCUUUCUAUAAACUCAAACUUACCAACAAUACACUGGACCAAGAAGGGCAUAUCAUCUUGCACUCUAUGCAUCGUUACCUGCCGAGGCUUCAUUUGGUGCCUGCAGAAAAGGCUGUGGAGGUGAUACAAUUAAAUGGCCCUGGUGUCCACACUUUUACCUUCCCACAGACUGAAUUCUUUGCAGUAACAGCUUAUCAGAACAUUCAGAUUACUCAGCUGAAAAUAGAUUACAAUCCAUUUGCCAAAGGCUUUCGUGAUGAUGGGCUGAAUAGUAAGCCCCAGAGAGAUGGAAAACAAAAGAACAGCUCUGACCAAGAAGGGAAUAAUAUUUCCAGUUCUUCUGGUCAUCGGGUCCGUCUUACAGAAGGUCAGGGGUCAGAGAUACAACCAGGUGAUUCGGAUCCUUUGUCAAGGGGUCAUGAAACUUCAGGCAAGGGUUUGGAGAAGACUUCCCUUAAUAUAAAACGAGACUUUCUUGGUUUCAUGGAUACUGAUUCAGCACUUAGUGAAGUUCCUCAAUUGAAGCAAGAGAUUUCUGAAUGUCUUAUUGCCAAUAAUUUUGAAGAUGACUCCCAUAUAACUUCACCAUUAGACCAGAAUGGAAGCUUCAAUGUUGUUAUUAAAGAAGAGCCUCUAGAUGAUUAUGACUAUGAAUUUGGUGAGUGCCCAGAAAGGGUCACUGUGAAACAGGAAGAGACAGAUGAAGAGACGGAUGUAUACUCAAACAGUGAUGAUGAUCCUAUACUAGAGAAACAGCUUAAGAGGCACAAUAAAGUUGAUAACCCAGAAGCUGACCAUCUAUCUUCUAAAUGGCUUCCGAGCAGCCCAUCAGGUGUUGCUAAAGCUAAAAUGUUCAAAUUAGAUGCUGGAAAGAUGCCAGUGGUCUAUCUGGAACCUUGUGCCGUCACCAAAAGCACAGUGAAAAUUUCUGAACUGCCUGAUAACAUGCUUUCCACAUCUCGAAAGGAUAAAUCUUCUAUGUUGACAGAAUUUGAAUAUUUACCUACAUACAUUGAAAAUUCCAAUGAGACUGCCUUUUGCUUAGGCAAGGAAUCAGAAAAUGGUCUUAGAAAACAUUCACCAGAUCUAAGAGUGGUACAAAAAUAUCCCUUACUGAAAGAACCUCUGUGGAAAUAUCCUAAUAUAUCUGACAGCAUUAGCACAGAAAGAAUAUUUGACAGUUCAAAGGGUUCAGCUGGGGACUCACUUUCAGGAAAAGAGGAGUUGGGCAGAAAGAGAACAACUAUGCUUAAGAUUGCAACAGCCCCAAAGGUAGUGAAUGCUAAUCAGAAUGCCUCUCCAAAUAUACCUGGAAAAAGAGGAAGGCCUCGAAAAUUGAAACUCUGUAAGGCAGGAAGACCACCUAAAAACACAGGAAAGUCUUUAAUUUCUACAAAGAAUACACCUGUAGGCCCUGGCAGUACCUUUCCAGAUGUGAAGCCUGAUCUGGAAGAUGUGGAUGGUGUUCUCUUUGUUUCCUUUGAAUCAAAGGAAGCUCUAGACAUUCAUGCAGUUGAUGGGACAACAGAAGAAUCUUCUGGUCUUCAGGCAUCAACCACAAAUGACUCAGGUUGCAGAGCAAGAAUUUCCCAGUUGGAAAAGGAGUUGAUAGAAGAUUUGAAGUCUUUGCGGCAUAAGCAGGUGAUACAUCCUGGUCUUCAAGAAGUGGGCUUAAAAUUGAAUUCAGUGGAUCCAACAAUGAGCAUUGAUCUUAAAUACUUGGGAGUACAGUUACCUUUGGCUCCAGCCACUAGCUUUCCAUUUUGGAACCUUACAGGAACCAACCCUGCCUCUCCUGAUGCGGGAUUUCCCUUUGUUUCUAGGACAGGGAAAACCAAUGAUUUCACUAAGAUCAAGGGAUGGAGGGGAAAAUUUCAUAGUGCUUCUGCAUCUAGGAAUGAAGGCGGAAAUUCAGAAAGUUCACUGAAAAAUCGUUCUGCUUUCUGUAGUGAUAAGCUAGAUGAAUACUUGGAAAAUGAAGGCAAGCUGAUGGAAACAAGUAUGGGUUUCUCUUCUAAUGCUCCCACAUCUCCUGUGGUGUACCAGCUUCCCACUAAGAGUACCAGCUAUGUACGAACACUUGAUAGUGUACUAAAGAAGCAAUCUACUAUUUCCCCUUCUACCUCUUACUCUUUGAAACCUCAUUCUGUAGCACCUGCCUCUCGAAAGGCAAAGUCUCAAAAUAGACAGGCAACUUUCAGUGGCCGAACAAAAUCAUCUUAUAAAUCCAUUUUACCGUACCCUGUUUCACCAAAGCAGAAAUACUCUCAUAUGAUUCUAGGAGAUAAGGUUACCAAGAAUUCUUCAGGCACCAUCUCAGAAAAUCAGGCGAACAACUUUGUUGUGCCAACUUUAGAUGAAAAUACAUUUCCAAAACAGAUUAGUUUGCGGCAGGCACAGCAGCAGCAGCAGCAGCAACAGCAACAAGGAAGUCGCCCUCCAGGCUUAUCUAAAUCUCAGGUGAAGCUAAUGGACCUGGAAGACUGUGCACUUUGGGAAGGAAAACCAAGGACAUAUAUCACAGAAGAGCGAGCAGAUGUAUCCUUAACAACUCUACUUACAGCCCAAGCAUCUCUCAAAACUAAACCUAUCCACACAAUUAUAAGGAAACGAGCCCCUCCAUGCAACAAUGACUUCUGUCGACUAGGUUGUGUAUGUUCCAGUCUAGCUUUGGAGAAGCGCCAACCUGCUCACUGCCGCCGACCAGACUGCAUGUUUGGUUGCACUUGUUUGAAAAGAAAAGUUGUACUUGUUAAAGGAGGAUCCAAAACUAAGCAUUUUCAGAGGAAGGCUGCUCAUCGAGAUCCAAUAGUUUAUGAUACUCUGGGAGAGGAGGCAAGGGAAGAAGAAGAAGGAGUCAAGGAGGAGGAGGAACAACUGAAAGAGAAAAAGAAGAGAAAGAAGCUAGAAUACACUAUAUGUGAAACAGAGCCUGAACAGCCUGUUCGACAUUACCCAUUAUGGGUAAAAGUAGAAGGUGAAGUAGAUCCAGAACCAGUUUAUAUCCCCACGCCCUCUGUCAUUGAGCCUAUGAAACCAUUGUUAUUGCCUCAACCAGAAGUUUUAUCUACUACUGUGAAGGGCAGACUGGUCCCUGGAAUUAAAUCUGCACGGUCAUAUACUCCCAAACCCAAUCCUGUGAUUCGGGAAGAGGACAAAGAUCCAGUCUACUUGUACUUUGAAAGUAUGAUGACUUGUGCUCGAGUUCGAGUAUAUGAGAGAAAGAAAGAGGACCAGAGACAACUAUCCUCUUCCUCCUCCCCAUCUCCAUCAUUUCAGCAGCAGAAUUCAUGUCAUUCUAGCCCUGAGAACCAUAAUAAUGCAAAGGAACCUGAUUCUGAACAGCAGCCCUUAAAACAGCUCACGUGUGACUUGGAGGAUGAUUCUGGUAAACUACAAGAAAAGAGCUGGAAGUCUUCCUGCAACGAAGGGGAAUCCUCUUCUACUUCUUACAUGCAUCAGCGGUCACCUGGUGGUCCCACCAAACUGAUUGAGAUCAUCUCAGACUGCAACUGGGAGGAGGAUCGGAACAAGAUUUUGAGCAUCUUAUCCCAGCACAUCAAUAGCAACAUGCCACAAUCACUUAAGGUGGGCAGCUUCAUCAUUGAGUUGGCUUCUCAGCGAAAGAGCCGGGGUGAGAAGAACCCUCCUGUUUAUUCUUCUCGUGUGAAAAUCUCUAUGCCAUCAUGUCAAGACCAAGAUGAUAUGGCUGAGAAAUCUGGAUCAGAGACUCCUGAUGGUCCAUUGUCCCCUGGGAAAAUGGAGGAUAUCUCUCCUGUGCAGACAGAUGCCCUGGAUUCAGUGAGGGAGAGAUUACAUGGAGGCAAAGGUCUGCCUUUUUAUGCAGGGCUUUCUCCUGCAGGGAAGCUUGUGGCCUAUAAACGUAAACCCAGUUCAAGUACAUCUGGGCUUAUCCAGGUUAAUGGUAAGAGUUACCCGCAGGCUAAGUUGCUAUUGGGACAGAUGGGGGCAUUGCAUCCAGCCAAUAGGCUAGCUGCUUAUAUCACAGGCAGGUUGCGACCCUCAGUCCUGGACCUCUCAACCCUCAGUACUGUCAUCUCCAAGGUAGCAUCCAAUGCCAAGGUGGCUGCAUCCAGGAAACCACGUACCCUGUUGCCUUCAACAUCCAAUUCCAAAAUGGCAUCCUCCUCUGGCGCUCCAACAAAUCGCCCUGGGAAGAAUCUGAAGGCAUUUGUCCCAGCAAAACGGCCAAUUGCGGCUCGACCCUCUCCUGGUGGUGUGUUCACACAGUUUGUGAUGAGUAAAGUUGGAGCCUUGCAGCAGAAGAUACCUGGAGUUAGCACACCCCAAACCAUGGGAGGGCCACAGAAGUUCAAUAUCAGACCUUCUCCAGUAAUGGUCGUCACACCUGUGGUUUCUUCUGAACCAGUUCAGGUGUGCAGCCCUGUGACUGCUGCUGUCACUACUACCACCCCUCAAGUGUUUUUAGAAAAUGUUACUGCUGUGACACCUAUGACUGCUAUUUCUGAUGUGGAAACUAAGGAAACUACUUAUUCUUCUGGUGCCACUACUACAGGGGUUGAGGUCUCUGAAACUAGUAUCAGCACCCCUGUAACGUCUACCCAGUCUACAGCCACUGUGAACCUUACCAAAACCACUGGGAUAACUACCCCUGUGGCUUCAGUUGCUUUUCCUAAGUCUUUGGUAGCAUCUCCUCCAACCAUAACUCUUCCUGUUGCUUCCACUGCUUCCACCUCCUUAGUCGUGGUGACUACAGCUGCAUCUUCCUCAGUGGUGACCACGCCAACUUCAUCUCUGGGCUCUGUUCCUAUUAUACUCUCAGGAAUUAAUGGAAGUCCACCAGUGAGCCAGAGACCAGAAAAUGCUGCUCAAAUUCCAGUGGCUACUCCACAGGUCUCUUCUAACACAGUGAAGCGUGCUGGACCUCGAUUAUUGUUGAUUCCAGUGCAGCAGGGUUCUCCUUCUCUUAGACCUGUCUCAAACACACAACUUCAGGGACAUCGGAUGGUCUUACAGCCUGUUAGGAGUCCAAGUGGAAUGAACCUAUUCAGGCACCCUAAUGGGCAAAUUGUCCAGCUUCUACCUUUGCAUCAGCUUCGAGGCUCUAAUACUCAGCCCAACUUACAGCCUGUCAUGUUUCGGAACCCAGGGUCUGUGAUGGGAAUCCGGUUACCUGCUCCUUCCAAACCCUCUGAGACUCCACCGUCUUCCACUUCAUCCUCUGCUUUCUCUGUCAUGAAUCCUGUAAUCCAAGCUGUUGGAUCUUCAGCAGUAAAUGUUAUCACUCAGGCACCAUCAUUGCUUUCCUCUGGAGCUAGUUUUGUGUCUCAGGCUGGUACAUUGACCCUGAGGAUUUCUGCUCCUGAACCACAAAGCUUUGCAAGUAAAACAGGCUCUGAAACCAAAAUAACCUAUAGCUCAGGAGGACAGCCUGUUGGUACAGCCAGUCUUAUUCCUCUCCAGUCUGGUAGUUUUGCCUUGUUACAGCUCCCAGGACAAAAGCCUGUUCCUAGCUCCAUUCUUCAACAUGUAGCUUCUCUUCAAAUGAAGAGAGAAUCUCAGAAUCCAGACCAGAAAGAUGGAAAAAACUCAAUAAAAAGAGAGGAAGAAACCAAGAAGGUUCUACAGUCAGAAGGACAGGCUGUAGACCCUGAGGCUAAUACAGUAAAACAAAACUCAGGAGCUGCUACCUCAGAAGAAACUCUGAAUGAUUCCUUGGAAGACAGGAGUGAUCAUUUGGAUGAAGAAUCCCUUCGAGAAGAAGGUUCUGCAACUGUCAAACCAUCUAAGCAUUCCUGUAUCACUGGGUCACAUAGAGAUGAAGACUAUAAAGAUGUUAAUGAAGAAUGUGGGGCUAGGAAUCAUAAGAGUUCCAAAGAAAAAGUGGCUGUUCUAGAAGUUAGGACCAUUUCUGAAAAAGCCAGUAAUAAGACAGUUCAAAAUAUGAGUAAAGUACAGCAUCAAAAACUUGGUGAUAGGAAGGUGGAACAGCAGAAAGGAUUAGACAAUCCAGAAGAAAACUCAAAUGAAUUUCCAGACAUCUCUAAGGAAGAAAGUAAAUUUGAAUUGUCAGGGAGCAAAGGUGUGGAGCAGCAAUCUCAUCCACAGACAGAGGCCACAGAGAAGGAAUGUGGAGACUCUCUGGAGAAAGACAGUAUUAGGGAAAGGUGGAGAAGACAUCUGAAGGGCCCCUUAACCAGGAAAUGUGUUGGAGCUUCCCAGGAAUGUAAGCAAGAGGCAGAUGAGCAGUUAAUUAAAGAAACAAAGACAUGUCAGGAAAAUUCAGAUGUGUUUCAACAACAACAAAGCAUCUCUGACUUACUUGGAAAAAGGGGAAUCACUGAAGAUGCCAGCGUUUUGAAAACCGAAUGUGAUUCUUGGAGUAGGAUUUCUAGUCCUUCAGCCUUCUCCAUUGUUCCUAGGAGAGCUGCAAAAAGCAGCAGAGGGAAUGGACAUUUUCAGGGUCAUUUACUGCUACCUGGAGAACAGAUACAACCAAAGCAAAAGAAGAAGAGUGGGAGAAGCAGUGCUGACCUCACUGUUUUUGAUUUGGAAGAGGACGAAGAUGAGAAUGAGAAAACCGAUGAUUCUAUUGAUGAAACUGUGGAUGUUGUUUCUGACUACCAGAGUGAGGAGGUUGAUGAUAUAGAAAAGGUGAAUAACUGUGUAGAAUACAUUGAAGAUGAUGAGGAGCAUGUGGACAUUGAGACUGUAGAAGAACUCUCAGAUGAAAUUAAUGUUGCUCACCUGAAGACCACAGCUGUCCACACAGAGUCAUUCAAACAGCCGUGCCGUACUCACAUCUCUGCAGAUGAAAAAGCAGCGGAAAGGAGUCGAAAGGCUCCACCAAUUCCUUUAAAACUGAAGCCUGAUUACUGGAGUGACAAACUACAGAAAGAAGCAGAAGCGUUUGCUUAUUAUCGCCGGACACACACUGCCAAUGAGCGGCGGCGGCGUGGUGAAAUGAGGGAUCUCUUUGAGAAAUUAAAGAUCACAUUGGGAUUACUUCAUUCUUCCAAGGUUUCCAAAAGUCACAUUCUUACUCGAGCAUUCAGUGAAAUUCAGGGACUAACAGAUCAAGCAGACAAGUUGAUAGGACAGAAAAAUCUCCUGACUCGGAAACGGAAUAUUCUCAUACGAAAAGUAUCAUCUCUUUCAGGUAAGACAGAAGAAGUGGUCCUGAAGAAGCUAGAGUAUAUUUAUGCAAAACAGCAAGCACUAGAGGCACAAAAAAGAAAAAAGAAGAUGGGAUCAGAUGAGUUUGACAUGUCUCCCAGAAUUAGCAAACAGCAGGAAGGAUCUUCUGCAUCAUCUGUAGAUCUUGGACAGAUGUUUAUAAAUAACAGAAAGGGGAAACCUUUGAUUCUUUCUAGAAAAAAAGACCAGGCCACAGAAAAUACCUCACCCUCGAACACUCCACACACCUCUGCCAACCUUGUGAUGACUCCACAAGGGCAAUUGCUCACCCUAAAAGGUCCUCUAUUUUCAGGACCGGUGGUAACUGUUUCUCCUGAUCUCUUAGAAUCUGAUCUUAAGCCUCAAGUUGCCAGUAGUGCUAUGGCUCAGCCAGAAAACGACGACUUAUUUAUGAUGCCACGAAUUGUUAAUGUGACAUCACUGGCCACAGAGGGAGGUUUGAUAGAUAUGGGUGGCAGCAAAUACCCUCAUGAAGUUCCUGAUGGCAAGCCAUCUGACCAUCUGAAAGACACUGUCAGGAAUGAAGAUAACUCCUUAGAGGAUAAGGGCAGAAUCUCUUCCAGAGGAAACAGAGAUGGCAGAGUCACGUUGGGUCCAUCGCAGAUUUUUUUGGCAAACAAAGAUUCUGGUUAUCCACAAAUAGUUGAUGUUUCCAGUAUGCAGGAAGCACAAGAGUUCUUACCUAAAAAGAUUUCUGGUGAUAGGAGAGGGAUUCAGUAUAAAUGGAAAGAGAGUGAAUUGAGAGGAGAGAGAGUGAAGUCAAAGGAGUCUUCAUUUCAUAAAUUAAAGAUAAAAGAUCUCAAGGACUCAAGCAUAGAGAUGGAACUGAGGAAAGUAACAUCAGCUAUAGAGGAAGCAGCUCUUGAUCCCAGUGAACUGCUAACUAACAUGGAAGAUGAGGAUGAUACUGAUGAAACACUGACUUCACUGCUCAAUGAAAUUGCCUUUCUUAAUCAACAACUAAAUGAUGACUCUGUUAGCCUGGCUGAACUACCCAGCUCUGUGGAUACAGAGUUCCCAGGGGAUGCUCGGCAGUCUUUUAUCAGUAAGGUUCCUCCUGGAAACAGAGCAACUUUCCAGGUUGAGCACUUGGGAGCUGGUUUGAAAGAGUUGCCUGAUGUUCAAGGGGAGAGUGACUCCAUCAGUCCCCUCCUCUUGCACUUAGAAGAUGAUGACUUUUCUGAGAAUGAAAAACAACUUGCAGAACCAGCCUCUGAGCCAGAUGUCCUUAAGAUUGUCAUUGACUCCGAAAUAAAGGAUUCACUUCUUUCCAACAAAAAAGAUACUGAUGGAGGGAAGAAUACUUCUGGCCUCCCUGCAGAGCCUGAAAGUGUGUCCUCACCCCCGAUCCUACACAUGAAGACUGGCCUGGAGAACAGCAACAGCACAGAUACUUUGUGGAGGCCUAUGCCAAAGUUGGCCCCUCUAGGUUUAAAAGUAGCUAAUCCUUCCAGUGAUGUAGAUGGUCAGAAUCUCAAAGUGAUGCCUUGUUUGGCACCUAUAGCUGCCAAAGUUGGGUCAGUUGGACACAAAAUGAACUUAACAGGGAAUGACCAGGAAGGCCGGGAAAGCAAGGUGAUGCCUACAUUGGCACCUGUUAUGGCUAAAUUGGGCAACUUGGGGGCUUCACCAGGUUCUGCAGGGAAAUGAACUUACUUGUCCUUGAGCAGAAGCCAGGCUGUGAGGGGAAAUUGAUUUCACCUCCUUUCUCUGCAGGUAUCUGUUUGUUUGUGUCUUGGAACUUGGAUCCUUGACUUCAAUGAUGCAGUGGAUAAUGAUGGAGAAAGGGGGUAGGGUGCUGACCCUGGUAUAAGAAGUACUCUGAAAUUCUGAUCAUGUUAAAAUGUGUUACCUCACUUGUGGUGCUGGGUCCCCUCAUCCUCUCUAAGAAGAUGUGAUUCGUUGCUGAACACGAGGUGCCCCUCUUACCCAAGGAAUUUAUAACAAGACUCUGGCCCCACAGUGGUUUCUAAUUCUUCCCCCCAAGAGAAAGAGCUGUUUGCAACUUUGGAGUUGCUGUGGACUGAACUAUAACUCGUAGCUGUUGGAUUAAGUCUGAAAUCUAAGGAAUGUGAUGGACUUGUGCAAAGGGAUCCAGAAGAGAUAACUUUUUAGUUGAUGUUUAAAGAAUAGUGAGAGAGAGGAUGGGUACCAUGGAAUACCAAAGUGAAAGACUUUGUGUCAUUCAGCAAAAUUUUCUUUUUUCAUAUCCCAAGUAGCUCCCAUUCUGUCACCUUUGCAACCAGAAUUAACAAAUUCAAGCCUUCGGUAAAGUAGGGAUGCUUUUAACUUUUAUUAUUAAGGUAAUUAUUUUGAGAUCUUAAAAAAAAUAGCUCUCCCUUAUUUUUGUGGGUAUUGAAAAGAUCAUUAAACAUUACCAGGGAUUUUUACUGGGAAUAUAUAUUUUGGAGGUAGGCAUAGAGGGAGCCCUACCUCUUCCACAGGUUAUAUCAGUCAGGAGACAGCUAAAAUAAAAUGCAUUAUCUCCCCAGACCAGAGACAGUGGCCAAAAUAAAAAAUCAUGGGGCUGGAAAUUUCUCAAAUCAAACCAGCCUCCUGGUGCUUGAAGGUUUCAUUCACUAUUACCUUCACGGGACGUAAAGAAAAGUCACAGUAGGCACUCUUUACCAGGGAAAUAAGGCAGUAUUUGAAUCACAAGAUAUAUUUUUUAUCUGCAACCAUGGGUUCAAUGAUCUGUAGAGCUUUUUCACUCAUUAGCUGUCAGGAUAUGAAGGACUGACAGUCUGUAAAGAUAAAGAUAUUUAUAUUUUUGUAUAGUUGUUUUCAUAGAUUUCUCAAAGGCUGAAGUUUUCAACCCAGAAGAUGAGAUUUGUAUUGAGUAUAGAAAUGAUGUUUCCUAUCUAAUUUGUAAAUAAUCAUGGUGCACUUGAGGGGGUCUAUGGAAACUCCUGGGGGCAAGAAUCACUAUUCUGAAACUGUAUAGACUGGGAUUUAGCUGCUGCAUUUUGCCUUUCUUAAAUAAUUAUAUUUUGGAAUGUAACCCCUGUUCUGUCUUCAUUGACAGGAUUUGCUUGUGUUGUUAAAACACUAACACAAGAGCUUCCAGUGCCUGGGCCGUGCCUAGGUGAUGCUAUUUCUUCUAUAUCUCCUGUCUUCUUUAUCCCAAAUCCCACUCAGCAUAUCUUCAGACCUAGGUUGUGAGACCAAUUUUGGAUUGGAUCUAGCCAGUGAAUUAUUAUUUCCAUGGUUGGUUCCCUUUCUGUUAACUCUGGUUAUCAACAGAUUGAAAACAUUGGAAAAACUUCCUCUGCAAAUUGCAGUGGGAGCAAAUUCUUGUUGGUUUUGUGCUGCUUGCCUUUCUUAUCUGCUCAUCAGCACUUAACCUUCCUUUCUCUACAGCUUAGGAAAGAAGCUUGAAGUAGGUAAAGAGUGCUCCUCAGCUUCUCAUUAUCCUUCCACUGUUUACCCAGCAGUUUUCAUUCAAUGCCUUAGCCAAGGAAUCCAGCACCUGUCUCCCCUGCUAAUAAUUGUCCUUAGAGAUGCUAGUACUUUAAUCCAGGUAUAGCAGUUUCCAAUUAUUUCCUUGCUUGUCUUUUCCCUACAUUUCCUCCUGAUUUCCCAAGGCUCUUUUGUGGCUUUUGAGGGUCAGCCAAGGAGCAGGCAAGUGAGUGAACAAUCCUCAGGAAAAGAAGGACCAUUUUAGCUUAACACUUUUUUUUUUUUAAAAGAAGAAAAUAGGUAAACAGGUAAUGAUUCUUAAUUGGAGAUUGACUCUUGAUGAGAUUGUAGGAAGAUGGAAAUGAGGGAUGAUUCAAGGUGUUUUAGGGGGAAGGCUGCAGAUAUCAUUCUAACCCCCAAUUAAUGGUGUUCUCAAGACCUCUUAGAACUAGGUGUUGUCAGGGAUAAAUUGAGGAGGGCUUAGUCUUCAGAACAAUCCUGCAGUCUUGACAGAAAUCUGAAAUCUCCAAAAACUCCUACCCAUUAACCUUACCCUAGGGGAAACUGAUCUAUGAAUAUUACAUGUGUGAUUAUGAAAGGUGAAGUUGAGUGAGAGGAGUUGAGGAACCUGGAGGACAGUGAGCUCUCACCCUAAUACCAUAAGAAGCAUGAUCUCGGUAGACCAAUAAUUCGCCUUUUUAUACAUCUGUAAAUAAAUGGAAUGUUUUUAAGAAUAUAAUGUCAGAUUUAGCAUUUUUCUUUUAUAUAUUAAAUAUAUAUAUCUUUCCUUUUCUGCUUUCGAAAA